GUGUCUGUCAACUAUCUAUGGUGUCAACCAAGCGCCAAGCUGUGUGUAAAUCGUUCUUUGCGUCCCUCUAUAAACAACGACCUUUUUUUUAAGAAAAAAGUGUAUCAAGAAGCAAUCACUAGUUUCAAAAAUGGCAGACAAAGUUUGUGAAAAACCACAAGAACAAAUCAAGGAAAAACCUGUAGUCGAGGAUAAGAAGGAAGAGGAGGUCAAAGAAGCAACCGACAAGAAAGUGGAAAACGAGGAGAACGGUGACAUUGAAGAAGCACCGAAAAAUGGUAAAGAAGACUCCAAAGACGAUACUGUUGUAGAUCACAAAGAGGAAGAACAACCUGUUUCUUGUCCUGUCAAGAGAAAAUCGGCAGGUGGUGGCGGCGAUGGCCCCGAAGGUUCCUCCGCCGAGGAAGCAACCCCAGAAAAGAAGGCAAAACUCAGUGCAGCUGAGUCUACUGACAAACCAGAAGUUGCUGCCUAAUAUUAAAAUAACUGACACAAUAAUUUAAAAAAGGAGCUAUCUUGUUUCUUUUACUACAACAAUAUUAGCAUUAAUAAGGACAGCAACAGCUAAAACUAAUUGUCACUAUUCAUCCCAAUUUAAUGUCUAAUGUUCAUAGUUUGCGGCAGGUUUGUGUUUUUAGUUUAGUUUAGUUUGUACUCAUUUCUUUUUUAUUUUUAUAUAUCAUUCACUGCGGUAUUAUUUAACAUGACAUUCAUUUGUGCAGCUGCCAAACAGAGAACACUUGCAACUACUAACAUUCCUAUAAAACAGUAAAAGUUUAUCAAUAUAAUGUAAUAAGAUGCAAGAUAUCGUGCAUUCUCUGUGUGUACUAACUUUAGUUACAUUUUUAAGGUGCUCAAAACUAACAAAUUCAUUUUAAAAACAAAAGUACAUUCACAAUUUAGCAGAAUCAUUAAAUACUUUUGACUUGAAUGGCUCGGGUUGUUCAUUAAUAACUUACUCUGAAGUUAGUGCGCUCUUGAAAUAGUGUUUAGAUGUAAAAAGUUAUGGUUUUAUUGCCCUUAACUGCAGUACUUAAUAUGGUAAUUGUAACUUGUGUUUAUUUUAUAUAUACUUGUGUUUGUGUUGGAGUUUUGAAAAAUGAAAUGUAAAAGUGAUUUUGUAAUCUCGUACGAUGUUUUGGUUUUUUUUUACUAUAAACAACUAACUGUUAAAAAUAGAAAAGGAAUCUCUGUUGCCAUUACCUCAUUAAGAAUAAAAUUGUAGAAAUAAAACACAACUCACACACUAUUUCCAAAUAUGUGUUCAUAGUAGUCACACAUUGAUGGAGAAUAUUUUGUAAACCGUCUUUAAACUGAAAUAAGUUAUAAAUUGCCAAAUAAACCUGAACAGGUUUUUUUUCUAUUUAUAAAUUAGUGAUUUAUUUUUGUAAGCAUUUCUGAUUGACCAGUGAAGUUCGACUCGUUUAUUUUUUAAUGAACGUGAAUUUUUCAAUAUCGGUGGUUUUUACAGUAAUUAAAAUAGAAGAAGGAGGUUUCUGAUUUAUAUACUGUCUCAUGGUACAAAUAUUUUGUUUUGUAGCGUUUUUUGGCAAUAAAAAAAACUAGUUCUGUGUCAACCCUAAUGUAAUAACUUCCUUGGUGUUCAAAUGGUAGAAUAUGUAGCAUUUCGUUCAAUAAAAAGUUUUUGAAA